AUGAAUGUGCAUCAGAUUUUGACUGGGGCUCUUAACCGUGGUGAUGAAGUUUUCAGUGUUGGAACGAUCGAUGAUCUUAGUUUUACGGCUUGCGCAGUUGGUACGAAUGUCGUGAUAUUUUCGUCCUCCUUCGAGCGUGUGCAAGUUAUUACACCUCCAAGCUGUGCUGAGGGAUUACUAGUGAAUUGUGUAGCUGCUUGCUGUGAAACUGGAAAGAUUGUAGCAACAUACAGUGGCGUAGUGCGCAUUUAUGAGCCCAUUACGCGAACCGAAGAUGGAACUAACGGUUUCACAUACCAUUGGGUUGAAACCUAUAGCCUUCUUCUGAAGUACACAGUGGAUAAAAUACAUUGGAGUUUGCAAGGCUUGCGACUUUUGAUUUGUGGCGGUGAUGCGCUUCACCUUUAUCAGAAUUUGCUUCUUUCUGCUGCUCUAGAUAUUAAACUGGAUACCGUAACAUUCGGAAUAAUUGAAGAGGAAAAUGAAUCUGAAAAUGAGGCAGUUUCGUUUUGGGACUGUGUUUGGUCGCAGAAAUUAGCAGCUAAACCAAGAUUUGUGGCUAGUUCGCCCGAUGGAGCGUAUUUUGCUACUUGUGGUAUUUCAGAUUGUUUGGUAAAAAUAUGGUUUCAGAGAGAAGAAUCUAGUGGUAGUGCAGGGAACAGAGGAAAUGGCGUUUCAUUUGGUUUUAGUUAUGUGCAACACCCCCAGCCAGUUGCUGGUUUUGAAUGGCGAAAAGUUCCUCGUUAUAUGUCACGGCAGUAUGUUCAGAAUGCUUUGCUCACCUGGUGUGAAGACAAAACAGUUCGGAUUUGGAAAGAAGCUGCUACUGUAUCGCUGGACUUCCAAACUGUGAUUAGCAAUGUUGAGAUGAUAUCUCUCGACAAAAAUCCCGCAACAGAAUGUUGUUCUAAAAAACCUUCACUUCGGGCUACUCGAGAAAAGAUCAGAUCAUUUCUUAAAAAAAUUGUGGAGAGAAAGGCACUUGCAGGUGAAAUAAUGCCACCAACAAGAUCAUCUGUUUCCAGAAAUACUUCACUGUAUGAAAUUGCUUCAGGGAAACACACUGAUUCUGGUCCUGCAUUUUAUCUAUGCACUACUAUAAAUGCUCAGAAUGAUUGUCUUUUGGUUCCAUCCUUGGAAACAUCUGCAGAUCAAAGACCUUUCAUGAUUCACUGGUUAAACAAUAAAGCGAUUGUUUAUGAUACUGGUGUUGAAAGAAUUAUGGUGGAAGCGCUGAGCAGUGAUUGUUCUGCAGAACCGAGUGAAAUUGAAAAUUCAGUCAGAAAAAGUGUGCUGCAGUCGCAAAAUUUGCUGACUGAAUCUUUGCAUAGUAACAAAGGACAUAAUAUUGAUGAUACCAAGGUGGCAUCAGCUGGUCCAAUGCAACAAAAUGAGGUCUUAGAUGACACACUUGCCAGUCCUGUCAAUGGUGCAACCAGAGUUUUUUCCAAUGAGACAACAUCGUUGAAAGAUUCUAUGGAUUUAAAGCUAAAUAUCCUCAUACGAGAAUGGAAGAAAUCCACCGACAUUUUAUUUGCUGUACAUCCUGCUGACGGUAGCUUACUAACCUGGACAGUCGAAUGGCUUGAUGAUCCGUUGCGACAACCCACUGUUAGUUUCACUUCGCGAUUUCCAUCUGCAUUUUCGCUUUCAGAUGCAAUGUCAUUAAAUCCUUCACUGAGAGUAUACUAUCCUCAGAAUUUUCUUCAUGAACAAUUUACCGAGAAGUAUGCUUCUGGCGGGAUUUCCCAAAUAUUUGAACGGAGAAAUACAAAUUUGCUUUAUUUGCUAACUCAUCAUAACAACGGAUCUUUGAAUUUAUGGAAUUUGACGUUUGAAGACAAUGAAAAAUUUAAUACAGUGGUUAAUAUAUCGCAUGCUUCAAGGAUGUGUGGUCAUCGUUACAAAAUUUCACAGGUCAUUGCUCAUCCGGUGCUUCCUCUUGUGCUUACAACGAGCCACUACAAUUACAUAACGCAGAAUACUGAAGAGACGGGAAAGGCUGAAUUAAUUUUAUGGAAGGUAAAUCCUGUUGGACCGCUCUGUAAAUGCGGUGGCAUUCGAGAACUGGCGCGAAUGACAAGCAAUUCAUCUGAUGCAUUUACAGCCGUUACUUGGUUGCCAUUGAUUUUGUCAAGUUCAUUGUUGGGAUCGCUGUCGACUUCACCGAGCUCCUCCUUUGUGGCUAAUAGUUCUGGACAUAUCAACAUUUACCAAGCCAUCGUUGAUGCGGCGGAAUUUCUCGCAGAUAUACAUGCUUCUGGAAGAAAAAACGUCUCCCCUUCUGAAAGCAGUUGUUCGACUAAUAGUGGGAAGGCUUAUGAUAUCCGAAAUAAGCAAAAUAUGACGAAAAGUUAUGAUAUCCAAAAUAAACAAAAUAUGAAGAAAAUGUUUAAAGUUGUUUCAACGCAGUCAUCGACAAAGCCUGGCUGCAUACUUUUAUUGUCGAGUAUUAAUGCUGCUUCGUGUGCAGAUAAUGUUUUGCUUAUUCAUGCUUUCAAUGAACGUUUACUAAUUUCCAAAGAUGGUUUUUCUGGUACCACAGACACUUCGCAAAAUUUAGCAACUGAAGGAACAAAUGUCAGUCGUUAUUAUUUGGUAUUAUUUGAGAAAGAGAAGGAUUUUCUUACAAGAUUACGUAUGUGGUUGAUUAACAUUGGGAUAACGGAUUUUGAAGGAGAGAUUGAAGAUGCCUUGCCUGCAAAAUAUUCGUCGGAUUCAGUCAAUGUGACUGUAAAUGAGAAUUCCUUGAGCAAAUUGCAACUCAGUACUAAUCUAAUUUACGAUGAUCAUGUUAUACUACCGGAUGGUGUUUCCCUCGUAGUACUGUUACUGAUGAAAACUAAUACUAAUACUAGUAUUGCUCGAAUCGGAUCGAGGCGCACGAUUUAUAGUAUUUUUGGACACAAAGAGCUAAGUAAACAAAGGGUGGUUUUGGUGGAGCCAGCAGCAGGUCAUCUGCCGUCGUCAAAUCUUUAUCCCACAUGUAGGGCACCUUAUCAUGUUCUUUUGGCAUGCAGCGACGAAAAUGUCCGAUUUUAUGAAUGUAUAAGAAUUAUUGAAAGUGGUGGGUCAAUUAGUUACAAAUGGAAGACAUGGGGAAUGAUUAGCAGUACCAUGGAUUCGAAUAUAGAGAUGGAUGGUAAAGGUCAAAUAUAUUCUAUAUCAGCGGCUCACAGUAAUCGAUUUGCUUGUGCAUACUUUCCCGAAGGUAUGACUAAUGCAACUUCAUCGAUAAGUAGCAUCAAAGUUGGCGUAUUUGAAUGUGAAUCGUCAGGUGGCGUUGAAUGGCUUUGUGAAGAUACAAUCAUUGUCAAUCUUCGACACAGGAUGAAGGAAGGAGCCGAAAAUUACCUCGGAAGAUCAGAUACAGCUGUUUCAGAAUUUUGUACAGGCAUGCCAAUCAAUAAUGUAUGUCUAAAAUGGGUUUCUGCUGAAGAUGGUUCACAUAUUCUUACAGUAGCAUUGGGUACAUACAUCUUUUUAUAUACUCAAGUAUCUCAAGGUGCUGCACAAAGAAAUAUUGUAAUGAUGAAAGAACAUGACACAUAUCGUCGAGGUCCUCUGAGAAAGGCUUCUUCACUUGCAAAUCCGGAAACCAUAUCAACUCGUUUGGUGCGAUGGCUUUGCAUACGAUUUUUAGAGCUGAAAUCAGCUGAUAGUUUACCACCGCUGCCAACAACAUUGGGUUGGGUUCGUGACGGUUUAUUGAUUAUCGGUAUGCAGAGUGAAAUGCGUUGUUACAGUCAAUGGAAUUUCAAAGCAGAGUUCCCGAAGAAAAAAUUGGCGGAAGUCACUAAAGAUCUUUCAAGACUUAAAUCGUCUAGUCAUCUUGCGCUUGCUGGUUUGGGUAUCUCUUCAUAUUCUAGCUUGGAUCAGUUAUCAAAGAAAUUUAAGCAAGAGCCUGUCCCUUUGAACAAGCAAAAACUAUACAAAGAUCUGCUACAAAGGAUGUAUUCGGCACCUUAUGAUUUGCAAACAUUACUUUUGAAAGACGAGCAUGUACUUGAAGCCAUCAGUGAAGAAGGUUUAUUCGAAGCUGCGCGUUUGGCAAGUCCCAUUUUGCCGCAGUAUCACCCAAAGUUGCUUAUCGAAUUACUUAAUUCUGGUAGGACACGUGUGGUCAAAGCAAUAUUACUACAUGUUUUGAAAAGCUUAAAGCAGCUGAAUGUUUCAAUACCAAAUCCGUUGUCACGUGCUUCUUCAAUGCGUAAAAUGUCACUUACCAGUGGAGACUUGAAAAUGGAAGAUCUAGGACAAGACGCUACCCGAGGACUUUCUGAUACCUUUGAUGAUUCAAACUUGGAAUAUGAUGAGCUUGACGGCAUUCCACCAUUGCCGCUCCAUAUUCUAAUUUCUGCUGGUGAUCCGUUUUCAGUAGCUAAAGAGAAAGCAUCUGAAAUAUCACAAGAUGACAGUCUAGAUGCUUCACUAGAUGUGGACAAUGAGCCGAGAAAAUCACGUCAAAAUUCGUUUUCUAUGGAUAAUGUACAUACAGUUUUUGUAUCAACAAGUUUUACUGCAAGGCAUAAUCGUUUACUGACAGAAUUUCUCACUCAUACUCAUUUACCAGGUUUGUCAAGUGUUGACCAAAUGCACCUUCUGGCAGUUGCGGAUACAUUAAGCCAUUUCUCAUCGGAUAUCAUGGAUAAACUGACGCAGGCAAAUGCAGGCAUGAAAUACUCGUCUUUUCAAGCAACUCAACCGCAGAUCGUGAGCGAUGCAGCAGGUGGAUAUGCUACACCUACUGUUGGAUUUGAAACUGUUGACGAGUGUGGAUUGAGAUAUUUGAUGGCUAUGAAACAGCAUGAGUAUUUGUUAUUGUGUCUACCGUUACAGCAAAAGCAUAGUCUUCGUUCAAGAGGACUUUCACCGUCACAGAUUAUUUGGGCUUUGCAUUCUGAAACAGAAACUGAAUUGCUGAAUGCAAUUCCAUGUCUACAGAAACCCACUUUGUCAUGGGAAGAAUUGCGAUCUUUAGGAAUUGCUUGGUGGCUAAAAAAUACCUCGUCACUACGUGCCAUCAUUGAGAAACUGGCAAAAGCUGCUUUCCAAAAAAAUCAAGAUCCGCUGGAUGCAUCUCUUUAUUAUCUCCUGUUAAAGAAGAAGAAUCUAUUAACUCAUUUGUUCAAGAGCGUUAAGGACAAUAGAAUGUUGGAUUUCUUCAUGCAUGAUUUCAACGAAGAAAAAUGGAAGAAGGCAGCUCUAAAGAAUGCCUUUGUGCUAAUGGGCAAGCAACGCUUUCAGCAUGCCGCUGCAUUUUUCUUAUUGGCUGGAUCGAUUAAAGACGCUAUACAGGCCUGA